UAUUACAAAAACUCACACACUUGAAGAACCCUUUCUAUAUAUAUAUAUAUAUACACACAUCCAUUGAAAAUGAUAACUUAACUGUUUAGUUCUUGGAGUUAAUUAAUCUGAUUAUGGUAAUUAUGAGUCGAGUUCAGAAUGAUGUUGAAAGUCAGGGUGGUGAGGCUAGAGCUAACCAUGAUGGUAAUCAUGAAAAUAUUGAAAACUGGUUGCCAAUUAGUGCUUCUAGAAAAGCAAAAUGGUGGUAUUCAACUUUCCAUAAUGUGACUGCUAUGGUUGGUGCUGGAGUUCUAGGGUUACCAUUUGCUUUAUCUCAGCUUGGAUGGGGUCCAGGGAUUACAGUUAUUAUAGUGUCAUGGCUUGUGACAUUUUAUUCACUGUGGCAACUAGUGCAAAUGCAUGAAUUGGUUCCGGGGAGGAGAUUUGAUCGAUACUUUGCUUUAGGAGAACAUGUAUUUGGAUCCAAAGGAAGAUUUGGAUAUUGGGUUAUAAUGAUACAACAAUUGAUUGUUCAAGUUGCUUCAACCAUUGUGUAUUGUGUGACUGGUGGAAAAUCUCUGAAGAAGUUCUGUGAAAUAUUAGAUCCAUCCAUGUUUGAAGAUAUUAGACAAACAUAUUAUAUUAUCUUCUUUGUUUGUUUACAGUUACUCCUUUCACAAAUUCCUAACUUCAAUACUUUGAAAGGAAUCUCUUUGCUCGCCGCAUUCAUGUCUAUUUGUUAUUCCAUGGUGGUAUUUGGAUCUUCCCUUGCGAAGGGACUUGAGCAUCAUCCAACUCACUAUGGUGUUCGAUCGCACACUACUGCUGGGAUAACUUUCGAUAUUUUUAAUGCGCUUGGAACAAUAGCCUUUGCCUUUGCAGGACAUAGUGUGGUUCUUGAGAUUCAAGCUACAUUACCGUCUACAGAAGAAACACCUUCCAAAGUACCAAUGUGGAGAGGUGUUGUUGUUGCAUACACAGUGGUCAUUGUUUGCUAUCUUACUGUCGCGGUAUCUGGUUUUUGGGCAUUCGGAGAUCUCGUUGAAGACGAUGUACUCGUCUCACUCGAACAUCCUGCAUGGGUUAUUGCUAUCGCUAAUCUCAUGGUUUUCUUUCAUGUUAUUGGAAGUUAUCAGGUUUUCGCAAUGCCUGUUUUUGAUACAAUGGAGUCUUGCUUGGUGCAAAAGUUUAAACUCACUCCCUCGAGGAGUCUUCGCAUCGUUGCUCGAAGCAUAUACGUCGCUUUGGUAGGAUUGGUUGCUGUAAGCUUCCCAUUUUUCGGAGGGCUAUUAGGGUUUUUCGGAGGACUAGCAUUUGCAGCAACAUCAUAUAUUAUACCUUGUGUCUUAUGGAUUAAAGCCAAGAAACCAAGAGUAGGGAGCUUUCAUUGGAUUGCAUCAAUGUGUUGCAUAACACUUGGGUGUAUAAUUGCAAUUGUUGCACCAGUUGGAGGAAUAAGAACGAUUGUUGUUUCGAUAAAGACCUACAAGUUUUAUUCAUGAUUAUUUAGAAGUUUGUUAAUUAAUUGAUGUUCUAAGUGUUCUUUUUAAUCACUAGAACAUCAUUUCAUAGAACUUACAAGUUUUUUGUUUUGUAGUUUCUAUUAUGUUUGGCAGAUGUUUUAGUUGCCUAGUUAUUGAUGAGGUUUUGUAAAUACUUAAUGUAAGAUUCCAUGUUAGCAAAUGUAAUGCUAACUAUGGUAAGUAAAGGUUAGGGUAAGCUAGUUAUGGGCAGUAAGGUUGGGUAGGAGUAAUAUAUUAAUGGUGUAUUUGCUUUCAAGUUGUAAUGGAAAUAAUUACUUUUUGAAGCAAUGUAAGCUUUCAAGUUGUCUUUUAUCAAUUAGAUAUUUUAUUAUGUUUUUAUUUAAUUAACCACUCAAUGAAUAAACUCAUUCAUGUUUUUUUUUUAAAGACAAAAUAUAUCCGUUGUUUUACCAUACUAGUGAUAGUAUUAUGACAAAU